AUACAGCUCGGAAUGAGUCGACUAAUGUGCUAGAAUCACUAUGCAGUGUACAUAUUCCACGUAAGUUCUAUCUGGUACACUUUUCCAGAACCACAUCGCUGAAGUGUUCAACAUCUUGAACCUUGUACGCCCAAAGUUUUUCAAGAUAGUAUCAUCUUGACUGUAUAAUGAGUCAAGUAUCAAUAUCAGCUCGCAGGAUUUCAAAAGGAAUGACUGAUAAAUUCACCAAGUCAGUCAAAGAGACCCUGCUGCAAUGACGAUAUCUUCACGAGGAAAGCACAUGUUAUUAGAAGUCUCGGAGAACUAACAAAAUACGUGCUUCACUACUACAAGGGUGAUAUCUUGGAUAAACUACCUGGCCUAGUAGACUUCAGUGUCUUCUUGAAACUCAGUCCCAAGCAGAAAGAAAUCGUUCAUAAGUUAAAUUGAAAAAUCCUUUGAGAAGUUCAAAAAACCCGCAGUAGGAACUGCCCUGUACAUGCAUCCAUGUCUGUCAGAAAUGUCAGAAGUUGAUGCUACAGAUAGGGCUUCCAGAUUGACAGAUGUCACUGUUGAUAGUCUGGUCCAGUCUAUCAUCGUGGCCGACGGUGUGAAGGCCAGAUUUUGUCGGCUAGGGCGCGGUGGCACUGGGGAUAGUAUCGCUGGCCCCGUUUGGCGUCGCAAGUGAAGGGGAGGAAGGACUGGAGGCUCUUCUUCAACACGCUGUUCUGGAACCUCGACUAGUGGGAUCGGCCGUUCCCCCGGGCGCUGACGGUGGCGGUUGUUCUGAUCGCUGUCAAUUACCUGCUGCUGCUUAUGGCCGCCACCGGCGCCACGGAUGCACCACCGGGUACCUGGGUCAUUGGCUACUUGGCCGAUGCCGCAGGCAUCAUCGGGGGCCCAUGGCUAAGUAUCGGAAGGGGGGCGGCGCGACGAUCUCCUCCAUCGGCAUGUUUAAAGCCCAGAUGAGCAGUGGCUCAUUCCAGCUCCUCGGGAUGGCGGAACUCAGUCCCCUCCCGGCUGUUUUUGCUCGCCGCACCUCCUACACCGGGACCCCGUGGGUCGCCAUCGCCGCAUCGACCGUUGUCAUGAUCGCCGUCUCAUUCCUUGGCUUCGAUCAUGUCGCCAACUUCCUAUAUAGCUUGGGCACGUUGCUCGAGUUCGCCUCCUUCUGGCUCCGUGCCAAGCACCUGAUGCUGAAGCGCCCCUACCGCGUGCCACUAUCGCUGCAUGCGCUCGUGGCCAUGUGUGCCGUGCCGUCGGGUUUCCUGGCCUAUGUCUGUGUGGUGGCCGGGUGGAGGGUGUUCGGCGUUGCUGCUGGGCUGUCGGCGCUCGGUGUCGGUUGGCAUGGCGUCAUGAGGGUGUGUAGGGCCAGAAAGUUGCUCAAGUUCAACAUGAGGGUGUGCAGGGCCAGAAAGUUGCUCAAGUUCAACAACGCGGUUGUUGCUGUCCAUCGAGAGGGUGUUGAAGAGAAUAUUUGAACUUUAGAGUUCUUUAGCUGAACUGUAAAGGUUCAGAAGUGGCAUGUCUCUCUCAUGUAAUUGGGUGAGCUGGAUUUGGAGCUAAAAAAACAAUCCCUAGUCUCGAAGAACAUAAACAACGAUCCAUGGUGGUACAGAAUGAGGAGGGAACGAAUGGGGGAUUGCUUUUGUCUA